AAGUUUGCCACCAGGCUCUUUCCUGUAUGACCCACAUGCGAUGGUAUGAAAGUUGUACAACGCUAACUCUACAUGCAGGACUGAAAUACUCUAGAAUGUAAUGCCACUGUAUAGGCCCUGUACAUUUUUACGAAAGGGGAUGUAUGCCCGAUCAGUCGGUAGUGUCGAAGCCUGGAGAGACCCCCGCAACUUUUCCUGAUGUGUGGCAGAGGGUAGACAUUUUUUUUGGUUUACAUUAGCUACCUAGCUUCAUACUAUACAGUACUACUGAAACCUGUAUGUAGAUUUUACAGGACAGUUCUCAAGACGACCAUGGCUAACCGACUGUCAGACCUUUUCUCGAACAGCCGCCUCGUCAUUGGAUUAUUGGCCAAUUUGCUAUCAUCGAUAUGCAUCGUUUUCAUCAACAAAUGGAUCUAUGUUCACUAUGGCUUUCCAAACAUGACUCUAACCCUGAUUCAUUUCGUUGUGACAUGGCUUGGACUAUGGGUAUGCCAGAAGAUGGACAUAUUUGCGCCAAAGAGUCUCCAACCCACCAAAAUUAUCUGGCUCGCUCUAAGCUUCUGUGGCUUCGUGGCUUUCACCAAUCUGUCUUUACAAAACAACACCAUCGGUACCUACCAGCUGGCCAAAGCGAUGACAACUCCUGUGAUCAUCGUCAUACAGACAAUGUACUACAAGAAGACAUUCUCCACCAAGAUCAAGUUGACUUUGGUGCCCAUAACGUUAGGUGUGAUCCUCAACUCCUACUAUGAUGUGAGAUUCAACCUCCUGGGGAUGGUCUUUGCCACACUUGGAGUGUUCGUCACCUCCCUCUAUCAGGUGUGGGUAGGUGUGAAACAGCAUGAGCUCCAGGUUAACUCCAUGCAGCUACUCUACUACCAGGCCCCCAUGUCCUCUGCCUUCCUCCUCUCCCUCGUGCCCUUCUUCGAACCUCUCUCUGGGGAGGGGGGCAUCUUCGGACCCUGGUCCUUCCCAGCACUGGCCAUGGUGAUGCUAUCUGGCCUCAUAGCCUUCCUAGUCAACCUGUCAAUCUACUGGAUCAUAGGGAACACCUCUGCUGUCACCUACAACAUGUUUGGCCACUUCAAGUUCUGCAUCACCCUGUUGGGGGGCUAUGUUCUCUUCCAGGACCCCCUGUCUCUAAACCAGGGCCUGGGUAUCCUCUGUACACUCACUGGCAUCCUCUCCUACACCCACUUCAAGCUGGCAGAGCAGGAGGAGGGCAAAAGCAAGCUGGUCCAGAGGCCAUGAUAGGCCCACCGGAGUGCCAAUCCGUAGAGGCUGCUACUCUCAUUGGUUGCUCGACUACUCACUGGUUCCCUCGGACUGUUUGGGGGAAGGGCCAGGUUGGAAUCAUAGAACUAGAGGUUGGAAUCAUAGAACUAGAGGUUGGAAUCAUAGAACUAGAGGUUGGAAUCAUAGAACUAGAGGUUGGAAUCAUAGAACUAGAGGUUGGAAUCAUAGAACUAGAGGUUGGAAUCAUAGAACUAGAGGUUGGAAUAAUAGAACUAGAGGUUGGAAUAAUAGAACUAGAGGUUGGAAUAAUAGAACUAGAGGUUGGAAUCAUAGAACUAGAGGUUGGAAUCAUAGAACUAGAAUUCUAUAGUUGGAAUGUGAUUGUUGAGUGAAAGGGGAACUGGCCAAACAGUGAGAUAAAGGGAGAUAGUUCUGUCAGGGAACACUAAUGAUGACGCUGAUAAUAAACUGUUAAAGAAGUGGAAUGUAUACUGUACUGGAAGAUGUGGGAGCUCAGCAAGCCUAGUAUUAACAUAGUUUUUGCAUUACUGAAGAUGCUGUCUUAUAUUCCAGUAUUUUUGCCGGUACGAUUAAAGAGAGGACAACUUGCUCUUAACAAUGUCCAAAUGCUGAAGAUACUUUUGCAUUAUUGAAUGAUUCUUAUUUUUUUUCAUACUGUGAUCUUCAAUAAAUUGUAUUUUAUUGAU